AUGUUUGACUCCCGACCGAUACCACAGUCAAUGAGUGUUACAUUGGGAUAUUUUGAAUACAUUACAACUGUGCACACGAUUUACGAUUUGAGACAUUUAGAGUCAUUUAGGACAUCAUAUGGUGUAUACAAACGGAUUGUUCACUACAAUUAUAAUACAUUUGAUGAAAUUGACGCCAGAUAUGACAUUACAUUACUUAAAUUAGAUUCACAUUUACCGAUACAAACCAACAAAAGUUGUCGAUAUAUAGCGCAGACAAAUGGCAUUUGUUUGCCCGACACAGACAUUGUUAAUACAGAUGAAGAGUUGGCAUUAACUGCUGGUUUUGGUUAUAUUGAUUACGGUAUUGCCAAUUAUGGACCACUGAUAAUGGGUUGGAUAAUAAUUGACAAACCUUUUAAUAAUAGUUUGGAUCUAUGGUCUGAUAGAAUCAUUGCUCACAGAUAUCCUAUCAAUUCAGGUGCUGCUACGUGUGCGGGUGAUUCUGGUGGACCACUCGUUCAGUAUGUCGGGAGUCGUGCCGUACUUAUUGGUUUAGUCAGAGGUCUGACAGCGUUUGAAAAUAUGAUUGAAACUGAUUGUAUAGAUUAUAACACAAUCAAUAAAAUGGAUUUUAUCAGAAUAUCACGAUUUGUUAAUUGGAUUAUCGAUACUAUUAAAUAUAAUUAA